AUGAUCGGCCAUAUACUUCUAACAGCACUUGUGAUCUCAGUCGUUGACAGUACAUCUGUACACCAGAACCAUCUGUCGAAAGACGCUGAACUUCGUCAUUCUUCUGGUCAAGAUGUUGACGACAAACAUGUCGGUGAACGGACUAUGUUCGUCG